AAGUGUGUUAUGAACAUGCCCUGUUGUGGUCAGUAUUAAGUAGGUGCAUCCAUUUUAUUUCUGACCACAACAGGGCAUGUUCAUAACACAUUUCUGCUUGCCUUUCAUGCAAGUUUAAGGAAAAGCACUGUAAAUACUGUGGUGUUCUUGGCUUGACCUCAUGGUCAUGAAUACAAUUAAAAUAACCUGCCUUGUUUUUCCACCCACUUUUGAUGCUGAAGAUUAUAUCCAUGUCUUCUCUAAGGCCAAUUUGGUGCCUUUGGUUUCUAUUAAUAUGCCUAUCAGGUUUUGUAAUAUCGAUUUGUUUCCAUAAAUGGUUUCCUGUUAUAUAUCAUCAACCUUAUUUAAAUAGGAGUUACCAGAUAGUGAAGUCUAAACAGGAUCCACAUCAUCUACUAGCAAAUAUUAAUUCAUCAUUAACAUUUCUACACAGCAAAAAACUUUUCAUCUCUUCCUCUCGUUUUAAAAAGUCUCACUGGAUGCAAAAACUUAUGCAUCAUCUACAACAACACAAUUCCAAUCAAGUUAUUUUGAUAACAGCUGAUCACUUGUAUGAAGAUAUUUUGUUUAACUGGUUAGCUGCUGCUCAUUUGAAAGCACAUAUUACCACACAUGACGUACUUAUUCUAUCUCUUGAUGAUAUACUAUGCCAGACUUUGCUGGGCUACGAUAUAGAAACUGUGUGUGUGAGAAAGCAUGAAGUAAUUGAUUCAUCUGCUGGAAUGCAUACUUCAUUGUCACAUGUAUGGAUCAUUAGGUGCAUGAUAACAAGACUCUUAAACUAUUGGGGGUAUGACGUACUCAUGUUUGACUUAGAUGCAGUGCUGCUCAAAGACCCUCGACCUUUAUUUGAACAAUUUAGACAGUCUGACAUUAUCGGAUCACAGGGAAAAUAUCCGUUUGAAUUAAGUCGUGAAUGGGGUGGAGUAACACUCUGCAUGGGUGCAGUUAUGUUUAGAAGUACUCACCAAACUGCAAUAUUCUGGGAAAACUCAAAAUUGCUACACAGUAAUGCACAAGAUGAUCAAGUAAGAGUUAACGAGCUCUUGCACCAGUCGGCUAUUAAGUGGUUUGUAGCAAAAGAUUGUCACGGCUUCUCUCAUUGUACAGUUACUGGUUUAACAAAGGAGGGACUCAAUGUAACAUUACUGUCGCAAGACAUUAUAUGCCGGCAAUCGUGCAAAAAAGAUCACGGCUACUACAUCUGGCACGGACGUGCCUCUCGAAGCAAUCCAAGUAAAAUGUCCAAAGCUAGAGAAGGAGGUGCUUGGUUUUUACGUAAAGACUGGAAAAAAAUACUGCACUCUACCAGUGUCACUGGAAAUGAUUUAAUAGUUAAAAUGAGCAAUGAAUAAAAAUUAUUUUAUUGUUUGAUAAUAGAAAUAAAAUUAAUACUUAUGGGGAAUACUCUCAUCAUCAAAUCAGUUUAAUGCUG